AUGGGGCGCGCCGACGAACACGCGCCGCUGCUCACCCGCGGGCGCGGGUCCCGGCUGGAUAACCGCCUCGCGCUGUGGGGCGAUAACAGCAACGUCAAGCGCGCGGGGUUCAUCGCGACCCUCGCGCUCCUCGGCCUCGUCGCCCUCGUCGUGGGCCGAACGUCGCACGUGAAUCAGGUGAACAGCCUGAACCUCCGGCGCGAGUCCGCCGAGAAGCUCGCGUCGCGCAACAACGCGUACAGGGACGCGCGAUGCUCCGUGUCGUGGAUCGUGCACACCGGAGCUCUGUCGGGAGGCGCCGCGCUGGAGGAGACCGUGCGAGACCUGCAGCGCAUCGCGGGAGUCGCCGCGAACAAGGAGUGGAUGCCUGACGGGACGACGCGGAUCAAGUACGGCGUCCCGCAGUUCCUCCAGGUGCCGUCGCUGCCCAAAGAUUUCGACUUCGCCGCCAACCAGACGGGCGACGGCUCCUUCGACGCUCGCCUGUCCAGAACCAUCCGCGAGCCCCUCCUGCGGGCCAUCGACGCCGGCCACCGCGGGGCGUUCACCGUGUCCCACGGCGUGGACGCCCCGGGUCUGCUCACGAUGGAGACGUUCGUGACCAACCUCCGGGCCGACCUCGACGACCGAAGAUGCGACUUGGUCGUGGUAGCCGCCAUCCGCGAUCCGGUGGCGCACCGAGUGGGCGAGUGGAUCCACGCGCACGCGCAUGACCCCGACCUCUUCAUCGACCGCGAGCUCACCACGGUGCUCACAAAGACCCCGGGGUUUCCGGUGGGCGAGGGUUCCGUGCUGUUCCCGCAGACGAGGGCGCUUUUGUUUGCGGGGGAACUCGCCAGCGCCGACGCUUCAAACGCGCUUCGCGAACGACUUUUGGCAACAGAUAAAAACCCCGCACUCGCCGGCGUGGGCGCCAAGGAAGCCCUGGAGGCUUUCCAGUUCGUCGACGGCGUCGUCGCCGAGGUUGAGCGCCGCGCGGCGAACGAUUCCCCGCACGCGACGCUCGCGGGCGUGCUCGACGCCAAAGACUCCCGCGGCGGCGCGCUCGCCGCGAGGUUCGACCUCGCCAAGUCGUUGCUCGCGAAGAUCACCCAGCGGUUCGUCAACACCUUCGACGUCGUGCUCGUGACGAAAUCGGACGAACACGAGGGCUUGCGCAGGCUCGCGGAGAAGCUGGACUGGCGCGCGGAGGCUUUGCGGGAUCCGGCGACGGACCAAUCGGUCGCGUUGGCGCGAUCCAUCGCCAAGAACGCGUCGCCCGAUUUCGCGGAUGGCGCGUUCAGGCGGGACCUGUCCGGUCUGCCGUUCGAGACGAGACGUGCGGUGAACCGGUGGGGCGAGCUCGACGGCGCUCUGUUCGUCGUCGCGGAGGCGCAGAAGGAACGGCUGAAAACGGUCGAAGACACGAACCGUCUCGGCGCGGCGGCGAACGGGGUGAGCGAGGAGGAGAGCGCGGCGCGCGAGGCGGCGACGCGACGAGCCUCGCCGGUGGAACUGUGCGGGGAUGCGAAGCGUCGCGGCGUGACCGACGCCGCGGAGCUGGUGCGUCUGAGCUUCGAGAAGGAGGGCGGGUUGACGCACGUGGCGCGGGACUUACAGGCGAGGGUUAAAGACGGGAAGGGAUGUUUCGACGGCGCGCUGCGAUUCCUUCGGGAGACGGACGCGACGCCGGUGCCGGCGGAGGUUGUCCGCGCGGAGCGCGGCGGUUCGUAUCACGCGGCGGCGGUGGUCUCGAUGGAGGCGAGCAUGCAGCCGGGGACGCCGAAAGAGGAGGCGUACCUCAUCGCUCUCAAAAACAGAGCGUCGGCGCUCCGAGGCGUCAAAACGCGAUGAAACGCGCGACUUGACUUGUAAUAAAUCGGAAUCAUUCGCCG